AUGAUAAUUGAACGUUUUAUUUUUGUUAUUGUUUUUGUUGUUGUUGUUGUUGUUGAUUCGACUGAAAAUAUUGCUUCAUCCAAAUUGAUUGAAGAUCAAAUCUAUUGGUCAUCAAAUAUUGAUCGAUCAACCAAUUCGAAUAAUGAUUUUGAUAAUGAAAUUAUCAAUUGGAUUGACAGUAUAUCCAAAUCGAAAUUUAUUCGAUUCGAAUCCGGUUGUGGUCGUAUGCAAAAUCGUUUGUUAAUCACUGAUCAAGGUGAUAAAAUCUGUGCACGUUAUCGUCAUAAUAAUGAACAAAUUUUUGGUGAAUAUUAUUCAUUUUUAUUGGCACGUAUUCUACAGAUUUCAAAUGUUUUACCAACAACAUUAAUUACAUAUAAUGUAAAUGAUCGUUGGAAAUCUAUUGCCAAUCUAUUAUCAAAUAAUCAAACCAAAUGGAAAACAAACAAAACAAUUGUAUUGACAAAAUAUUUGAAAAAUUUAAAACCAACAUUAAUUCCUAGACAAUUUCGUUCGAAAUCAAAACGUUUAUAUCCGAUUUAUGAUGAUUUAAAUCAAAAUCAAACAACUAUUAUUUCCGAACUAAUACAAUGGUCUGAUUUGAUUAUAUUGGAUUAUUUGACUGGUAAUACUGAUCGUAUGAUUAAUAAUAUGAUUAAUGAAAAUUGGAAUCCACAAAUGAUGGAAAAUCCUGUACAUAAUUUAUUAAAACAACAACAACAAAACGACGAUAAACUUAUUUUUAUCGAUAAUGAAUCUGGCCUAUUUCAUGGUUAUAGAUUAUUAAAACGUUAUGAACAUUUACAUCGAUCAUUAUUGGAUGGUCUUUGUAUAUUUCGUCGUUCAACAAUUGAAAAUUUGGAAAAAAUUUCCAAAUUAAAAUCAAAUCAAUUUUUAAAAUUAUUACAAAAUUAUUUUGAUCAUUUUACUAUUGAAACGGAUAAAAAUUCCAAAAAUUUAAUGCCUACAAAAAAUUUCAACAUACUACGACAACGAAUCAAACAGAUAUUGAAACAGGUUGAAAUUUGUAAAGAAAAACAAUUUUCU